GUUUUGUAGUUAAUUUAGUAAGAGGAUACAAUUCGGUUCGACUGCUGGACGCCUUACCGAAUUGCGACAAGUAACUUCAACCCGUAUAGGACGGCAACUUCACAAGCUUUACGCAUUCCGGACGGAGAAUAUUCCGCGUUCAUAAGUGUGACGUCUGUGGGAUUCUGACCAGUUUAUGCAUGCAGGGUAUGACGACUCAGUUUAAAGCAAACAAGGCUUUAAAGGUUAAGAAGGAGGUGGGUGAGAAUGCCCCGACCCUCAGUGAUGACGAGCUGGUGGCCAUGUCGGUGCGCGAGCUCAACACACACCUGCGCGGGCUGACCAAGGAGGACUUGGUGCGACUGAAGCAGCGGCGGAGGACCCUGAAGAACCGCGGCUACGCCGCCAGCUGCCGCAUCAAGCGGGUCACCCAGAAGGAGGAGCUGGAGAGGCAGAAGCAGGAGCUCCAGCACGAGGUAGACAAGCUGGCCCGGGAGAACGCCAGCAUGAGGCUGGAACUGGACGCCCUGCGCGCAAAGUAUGAGGCCCUGCAGUGCUUCGCCCGGACUGUCACCCGCGGGCCCCUCUCCACAGGCAAGGUGGCCACCACCAGCGUCAUCACCAUCAUCAAGUCUACCAACAACCGCAACUCCAGCCCAACCUCCUUCUCAGCCCCUUCCUAGUGCUGACAGGACUGGGCUCUCAUCUCCCCGUCCCGCCUGGUCCUUAACGGUUCCGACCCGAUCUAGCCUGAAACCAAUGGCACCCGACCCAUGCUGAGGAAGCUCAGUAAUUAGGCUGAGGGAAGUCUAGUGGCCACAUGCUCUGUGUGAUGAUAACAUGAUGCUGCAUUCAUUCACUUCUCUCUCUCUCUCUCUCUCUCUCUCUCUUUCACAUACUGUACAUAAUCUACAUUGUCUGUGCACUGUGCUACAACCUCCCCAGCACCGGCAGGGCAUUGGGCCUCCUUACCCUCCUUCCUUGACUGACGGCAGAGAUCAGCUCAUGCUACAGUGUGAGUGAGUACUUGAUAUUAUACCCCGCGAUGGCAGCACUGGUCUGAGACAGUUCUGAUGCCUGUGGUAUCUUGCAUUUACAGAGUAAAAAAUAAUAUAUUAUUGUAAUAAUUACCAUAUUAAUACAUUAUGAAUAUUUAAAAUAACAACAACAAAAAAAUGCUGAUCUAAGCCUAAAAGCCUUCUUUCUUCUGUAUAUGAAAGCAUAUACUAAUGUCUCAAUGAAAAUUGAGACAUUGAAGCUUUUGCCUUAAACUGAUCUAGGAAUGAUCUAUGUAAUAUUCAAAAAAAUGUGUUACACUCUCAUACAAUAUGUUCAAUAUUUUAAGAUUUCCAAUUUCAAGGGCAGCUUGAAAACUGUUAAAAAACAAUAUAUUUGAUAACUGACCAAGCAUGUUUAGCUGGAUGAACCAGGCCCUUUUGACAUAGGAAAACUUUUAUCUGGUUUAGACUGUAGAUUAGACUUGCAGGUAUAUAGCAUUAUAGCAUAGCCUACAUAAAAUAAUACAUCCAUAUUAAUGGGUUGUCCUCCUUACAGCUGUGAGGAACUAAAUCAUACAGUACAGGUAAACAACAAAUCAGGCUACGUCAGACAAACGACAGAUCAUUGAAUGGCACUUACUAUGAAACUGUUAGAUCAUGAUGUAAAAGUACCAAAAUCACUUGCUUUGCAAAUGUAAAAAAUCACACGGCUGCAAAAAUAAAUCUAAAAUCACAGGACACCUGAAGCAUCAUUUUGGGAAAUACCGCAGUCCAUUCCGGUAUUACUUUAGCAAUGGGAGAUUGAAUGACUCUGAUCAUAGUUUGUGGUCUAUCCCAAAAUUGCUAAAGUUGCAGCCAGUUUAUAACUAUUGCCAAGGGUGGCAUUUAUUUUAUGUUAUGAAGACAAGCACUUACCUAUGAUAUUUUGCCUCUGAACUUUCCUCUCCACGCAAUGCCAUAUUUCAUGGUAGGUAAUCCAUAUUGGAUGUAGUGAUGAUGGGAGCUGUCUUGACAAAUGAAAUGCAAUUAAAUAAGUUCCUGUAUAUUACAGACUUAAGCUAGAGCCUCUAUUUUAGUUUCAAUGCAAGAGAAGGAAAAUUUAAGCUCAACUGCCUCCUGUCACUUUACAUUGAGAACUCCGUCCUCUUAGAAAUCAUUCCUACUGUUGGGUCAUCUGAAAGUGCUGCUGCCGGUGUUGGUAACUCUGAAACGGUAUACAUUGAACAUAAAUGCUUUCGACACAGACUCUUGGGUAAGAGGAAUCCCGGCAUAAAACUCUAGGAAUGGUGUUAUGACCAAAUCCAAUGACACAUUAGCUUAAAAUGUUACCCAACAUAAAGAAGCACAGGUUUAGUAUGCUUUUUGAAGGUUAUGAGUUUCAGUUCUAGAUAAUUAUCUAGAAUCUACAGUUUUUGCAUUUCAGCACUUAUCAAAGUUAGUCAUGAGUGAAGUCUAGAGUUGGCUAUUGUCAAGGUUCUCUUACCCCAGUGGACAUGACUUUUCCUCGUCUCCUGUUUCUUAGUUGUAAAGAGCACUAAGGGGGACUUUGCUGCUGCAUGGCCCUCUGCUAUUUCAGGCAGGGCCAUUGCUGUGCUCUUAUCAUUCUCAUUUUGUGUUUUCAUUUGGUUUAUAUGUUACACUUUAAUUCCCAUGUUUUCUUCCUGAUAUUUAGUUGUUUAUUUAGUCGUUUUUAUAUAUACAUGUGUGUAUUUAUCUAUAAUUGUGGCUUUAUUAUAGGGAUAUUAAAUACCUGAGAGUGGUGUGAUCUUGUAAUUGUCCUCUGAUGUAAAAUUAUUCUUAUUUACUGGCCUAUCUCAGCAGGAUAGUUCAAUUAUUAUCUGUAGCAUCAAUUAUAUCAUAAUGAAUCUAUUCUGCUGACUUUAUAGUUGUGUUUGUGUCUUUUAAGGUCAGUUCAUAAUUAUUACCUGCAAACUACCCUGAGCUAGUUUGCAAAUUAGGCUGUCUGUGUUUAGUCAUGACUUUUAGAGUAGGUGGAUUGGGUAUAUUUUGAUAGGAAAUACUUACUUUGGUAGCUAAUUGCCAUAUGCCCACAUGCUAUUAUAAGGAAGUUAUGUUUGUAUCACAUUGCUAAACUCCAAGACUUUUGAAGUUUGAGUUGAUGAUGCUUUUGUGACAGCUAUGAAACAGAUACAAGUAUUACAAUUUGGAACGGAAUAUACAGCAGAAUGCAAGUUAUGAAAUGAAAGUUGAGGAAGUGAAAACACUUAGCACCCUUUUCUGAGCUUUACACUGACCUCUGCUGGUGGUCUUUUGUAAAUGCUGUGAAAAAGCACAUUAUUACUGACCAAAUUGUUUGAGACUUUUGCAGUCAAUUGGAUAUACAUGUAUAAGACUUAUCUGUUACAGUUAUUGCUUUCAAUUUAAUUCAAUUAUGUUCUAAACAAAGCCACAGUACUGUAUACAAUAUUGUAUGACUCAUAUUCAAGUGCAAAACAUAUAUUUUUGUGUCAAAAUAAACAUCCAACAAAGUAGAUGAAUUUCUAUGUACCCCAAACUGCAUUUUCCUCCCUAGUUGUAUUGAAACUCACUAAAGGUUCAUACACAUCUACCAUAGCUCUGCCAGCUAAAUAUUGAGAAUGGAAGCACUAGCAGUUAUGCUCUUCCUGCACAGCAGGUGGCUGUGUUAUCCCUCAGUAUUCUCUAUGUAGAAAUAAAGAACUUUGCUCCUAGAGUUUGAUUGAACAUUGUAGAUGGCAAAUUCAUAUGCACAGGGCACUGUAAUGACACUUCUAGCAACUAGAGGGCAAUGUAGAUAAUAUGUAUUUAUGCCAUGGGUGAUUGCAUCUUCUCCGAUAUGAUCCAUUAUAAUGCAAUGGUAAGGAAAUUGGGUAGAUGGUUUCUGAACUAAGUGGGUACUUUUACAUUUUAAUCUUGUAAACGUUGCUAUAUGUGGCCUUUUAGGCUGGUGAGGUUAAAUUAUUGUAUAUUCUUCACCUGAGUAUAUCUACAGUAUGUUUCAUGGAGGCCUACACAUCUUUCCUAUAUUAUAUUUGCUCUGUCAGUCCUACAAGCUAUUUACCGUAAACACACAUAGGAAAUGUAACAUGUAUGUUCAGCAGAUGUACUUACAAAUUCAUAGAAAAGUUCCAUGACAUAUAAAGUAUGCUGCUCCAAAUUAUGACUUUGUAUAUGUCAACAUUCAAAUGAGUAAACAAGGUGGUGAUAGGGGGUGUGUGAAAAAAGAACAGGUGUAAUACAAUGGAUGUUAUACUUUCACUCACCAUCUUCCACCUUGUAUCAUGCAAUUGUAUGUUAACUAUAAAAAAAGGUUAUCGUGUGGACUUUCACCAUGAAUGGGAUCUCAAGUUUUAAUGUACAGCCACAGAAACACUAGAUUUGUGGUAGUUAAUGAGGCAUGAUGAUAGUUCUAUACUGCUUUCUAGCCGAUGGUGAAUGUAAAUGAGGAGAAUGAGGCAGCAUUAACUUUGAAGAGAAUCUGUACCAUUCGUGACCUUUCAUUACUCUGCUACUAGUAUGUAUUUUAUUUGAACUUCAGUAUUUAUUUGAUAGAUUUUCCGUAUUUGUAUUUUCAACAUCUAAAUUAUUUUAUUUACAUUCAUGUAUUUACGUUUUGCGUUAAUGACAUACCACCAUGUACAAAUAAAAUAAUUUUUCUUUGUUUCUGUUUUGAUUGAAAAUGAGGUAAAUUAUUCCUGUAAAUAGACGUCUGCUGUGUCUGUUUUUGUACUUUUAAAUAAAGCUUUUUUCUCAUUAAAAA